AUGAUCUUCUUUUUUCUCCUCCUCCUCCUCCUAUGUACGGUAUCUCUUCCUGAUCUUCUUUUUUCCUCCUCCUCUUAUGUACGGUAUAUCUUCCUGAUCUUCUUUUUCUCCUCCUCCUCCUCCUCCUCCUCCUAUAUCUUCUUUUUCUCCUCCUCCUCUUAUGUACAGUAUCUCUUCAAGAUCUUCUUUUUCUCCUCCUCCUCCUCCUCCUCUUAUGUACGGUAUCUCUUCCUGAUCUUCUUUUUCUCCUCCUCCUCCUCCUCCUCUUAUGUACGGUAUCUCUUCAUGAUCUUCUUUUUCUCCUCUUAUGUACGGUAUCUCUUCCUGAUCUUCUUUUUCUCCUCCUCCUCUCCCUCUUAUGUACGGUAUCUCUUCCUGAUCUUCUUUUUCUCCUCCUCCUCCUCCUCCUCUUAUGUACGGUAUCUCUUCCUGAUCUUCUUUUUCUCCCCCUCCUCCUCCUCCUCCUCCUCCUCUUAUGUACGGUAUCUCUUCAUGAUCUUCUUUUUCUCCUCCUCCUCUUAUGUACGGUAUCUCUUCAUGAUCUUCUUUUUCACCUCCUCCUCUUAUGUACGGUAUCUCUUCAAGAUCUUCUUUUUCUCCUCCUCCUCUUAUGUACGGUAUCUCUUCCUGAUCUUCUUUUUCUCCUCCUCCUCUUCCUCUUAUGUACGGUAUCUCUUCCUGAUCUUCUUUUUCUCCUCCUCCUCCUCCUCUUAUGUACGGUAUCUCUUCCUGAUCUUCUUUUUCUCCUCCUCCUCUUCCUCUUAUGUACGGUAUCUCUUCCCGAUCUUCUUUUUCUCCUCCUCCUCCUCCUCCUCUUAUGUACGUUAUCUCUUCCUGAUCUUCUUUUUCUCCUCCUCCUCCUCUUAUGUACGGUAUCUCUUUAUGAUCUUCUUUUUCUCCUCCUCCUCUUAUGUUCGGUAUCUCUUCAUGAUCUUCUUUUUCUCCUCCUCCUCUUAUGUACGGUAUCUCUCCCUGAUCUUCUUUUUCUCCUCCUCCUCUUAUGUACGGUAUCUCUUCCUGAUCUUCUUUUUCUCCUCCUCCUCUUAUGUACGGUAUCUCUUCAUGAUCUUCUUUUUCUCCUCCUCCUCUUAUGUACUGUAUCCCUUCAAGAUCUUCUUUUUCUCCUCCUUCUCUUAUGUACGGUAUCUCUUCAAGAUCUUUUUCUCCUCCUCCUCUUAUGUACAGUAUCUCUUCAAGAUCUUUUUCUCCUCCUCCUCUUAUGUACGGUAUCUCUUCCUGAUCUUCUUUUUCUCCUCCUCCUCCUCUUAUGUACGGUAUCUCUUCCUGAUCUUCUUUUUCUCCUCCUCCUCUUAUGUACGGUAUCUCUUCAUGAUCUUCUUUUUCUCCUCCUCCUCUUAUGUACGGUAUCUCUUCCUGAUCUUCUUUUUCUCCUCCUCCUCUUAUGUACGGUAUCUCUUCCUGAUCUUCUUUUUCUCCCCCUCCUCCUCCUCCUCUUAUGUACGGUAUCUCUUCCUGAUCUUCUUUUUCUCCUCCUCCUCAUCCUCUUAUGUACGGUAUCUCUUCAUGAUCUUCUUUUUCUCCUCCUCCUCCUCUUAUGUACGGUAUCUCUUCAAGAUCUUCUUUUUCUCCUCCUCCUCUUAUGUACGGUAUCUCUUCCUGAUCUUCUUUUUCCUCCUCCUCCUCCUCCUCCUCCUCCUCUUAUCCCUUAUCUUCUCCUCCCCUCCUCCAAGAUGUACGGUAUCUCUCCUCCUCUUCUUUUUCUGCUCCUCCUAUCUAUUCCUGAUCUUCUUUUUCUCCUCCUCCUCUUAUGUACGGUAUCUCUGCAUGAUCUUCUUUUUCUCCUCCUCCUCGUCCUAUGUACGGUAUCUCUGCAUGAUCUUCUUUUUCUCCUCCUCCUCUUAUGUACGGUAUCUCUUCAUGAUCUUUUUUCUCCUCCUCUUAUGUACGGUAUCUCUUCAUGAUCUUUUUCUCCUCCUCCUCCUCCUAUGUACGGUAUCUCUUCCUGAUCUUCUUUUUCUCCUCCUCCUCUUAUGUACGGUAUCUCUGCAUGAUCUUCUUUUUCUCCUCCUCCCUCUUAUGUACGGUAUCUCUUCAUGA